AGCGUAUGUAAAUUUCAGUCUUAUUUAGAUCGCAGUUCAUUCAACAUGAAACGAUCUCUGAUCAUAGCGAUUUUAAUCGCAUUUCAUACAAUUGUUGAUACCUGGGCAUACGAUGGAGUCAAGGGUGGACAUCGUCCUCGUUAUCCAACAAGCGCUAAUCAGUACGGUGGGCACAACAAUAGUGUGCUUUGCUACAAGACCGUACCAUACGAUCAUGCAUUAGCUCAUAACGCGAGCAGCGGAGUACCUUACAAUACGAUUCCCUUACCUCAAGACAAUUAUGAUGGUAAUCACGGAUUCAUAACGAUCUUAGAUUGUUGCGAGGGUUACAAGCGUAACAUUACCAAUGGUAACUGUGAUUUUCACUGCGAGCAAGGCUGUUUUGGUGGCGAAUGUACUGGACCAAAUCAAUGUACCUGCAAGCCUGGCUGGUUUCCGUCAAACGGGGUCUGUAUGCCCAUGUGCCAGCAACAAUGUCAAAAGGAUGCUUACUGUUUCUCCCCGAACGUUUGCGCAUGUAAAUUGGGCUACGACGAGGUUAACGGUGAAUGUAAGCCAAUCUGUCCAGGUGGCUGCAAAAAUGGCGACUGUAUCGCACCGCGCGUUUGCAGAUGCAGGUCUGGUUACGUAUUGAAUGAUCGUCAGGAAUGUGUCGCUGUUUGCGAAGGUGGCUGCCCCCAUGGCGAAUGUACCGCCCCCGGUAUUUGUACUUGUUACGAAGGAUAUACCAAUCCACCAAAUGAACGAGAAUCUUGCAUCCCUUACUGCCAAAAUAAUUGCAACGGUGGUCAAUGUAUCUCACCCGGUGUCUGCAAUUGUAUUCAAGGUUACGAGCGUAAUCCAAACGGUGGAUGUUCACCGGAUCCCGCUUCGAAUCAAUGUAGAUACGGUUGCGGUGAGCACGGCGUUUGCAUAGGUCUCAAUCGUUGUCGAUGCGAGGCCGGAUACAAAUCAGAACCAGACACGGGUAGAUGUAUACCAGAUAAAAGAUCAGAUCAACCACCCUAUGGACAACCAGGAAACCAACCACCUUAUGGACGACCAGUCGAUCAACCACUCUAUGGACAACAAGCUAACCAACCACCUUAUGUACGACCAGUUGACCAACCACCUUAUGGACGACCAGUUGACCAACCACCUUAUGGACGACCAGUUGAUCAACCACCCUACGGACAAACAGGAAAUCAACCACCUUAUGUACGACCAGUCGACCAACAACCCUACGGACAAACUGGAAAUCAACCACCUUAUGUACGACCAGUUGACCAACCAUCCUACGGACAACCAGGAAACCAACCACCCUAUGGACAACAAGGAAACCAACCACCCUAUGGACAACAAGGAAACCAACCACCCUAUGGACNAGGAAACCAACCACCCUAUGGACAACAAGGAAACCAACCACCCUAUGGACAACAAGGAAACCAACCACCCUAUGGACGACCAGGCGACUUACAGACUGGUAACCAAUAUGAACCCAUCUGCGAUUUACCCUGCUUGAAUGGCGAUUGCACCGGUCUCAAUCAGUGCACAUGCAAACACGGUUACACAUUCGACCAGAAUGAUCACACAAGAACAAGAUGUGUGCCCGUUUGCGCUGGUGGUUGUUCCAACGGAGUCUGCACGGCGCCAAAUCGUUGCAUCUGCAACCCAGGCUACAAAAAAGAUCUCGGUGUCAAAGGCAGACAAAGAUGCAUACCGAGUUAUAAAUCCACGGAAAUCAUGAAAUCGUUUUUUUACAUUUUUGUUUAUAUAUUCAUCUUGAAAAUUAAAUUUUCUUUAACAGAAUCUGAUUUUUUGGAAACAGGAUAUUGCAGUAAAUUAGUCAGUUUUAGAGAUUCACGACGUGUUUCAUACCUUGAAAGUUAUCGAGAAAAAAAAUGGGGAAUCUUUUAUAAAACAAAGUAUCGAUAUAACUAUAGAACCGAGUAUUUCACGAAUUAUAAAACAGAGAAAACAUGUUGUUAUCAAUAUAAAGAACUGUACGGAGCAUGUAUACCCAAAUGCAUUAUUCCUUGUGGCCAAGGUGAAUGUAUAAGUCCUAAUGUCUGCAACUGUUACAAUGGAUACAUACCAUUAUCCUUUAAUAAUACUGUUUGCACACCUGUUUGCAAGCAUUCCUGCGUGCAUGGUUAUUGUUCGAAACCUAACACUUGCACUUGUGAUUCCGGUUAUCAAAUGAAGUCAGACGGAUUUACUUGUGAACCAGUUUGCAAUCCUAAAUGUAAUUCGGCAACUAGUUUCUGUUCAAAACCAAAUACCUGCACUUGCAAAGAAGGAUAUAAGCGAAUCAACGAUAAGACUUGUGAGCCUAUAUGCAACGUACCGUGUAAAAAUGGUAUUUGCACUGCACCUGACACCUGCACCUGCAAUAGGGGAUACUAUUCCGAUCUUUAUAAUAAGUUUACAUGCAAACCGGUAUGCGACAAAUGUGUAGAUGGAACUUGUACUGCACCGGGUAUUUGUACCUGCCGUAAAGGCUAUUCUUUAACUAAGGAAGGGCAUUGCAAGCCAGUUUGUAAUAAGCCUUGUCAUAUGGGUACUUGUAUCGCACCUGAAACUUGUAUGUGCCACGAUGGUUAUGGUUUCCUUAGUAAUUCGACAAAUAUAUGCGAACCGAUUUGUCCAAAAGCGUGUAUUAAUGGCUUCUGCACACAUCCUAAUGUUUGCAAAUGUCACGAAGGUUAUUAUGUAACAGGCGAUGAGACUAGCUUGCACAUUUGUAUGCCUCGUUGUGAACACCCGUGCGAACCGAACGGAAAAUGCACCGCCCCUAAUGUUUGUACCUGUCAUGAGGGAUAUUCGCUCGACGAUAAUGGAACUGUUUAUUUUAAGGAUGAAUCAGUUUGCAGACCUAUCUGCGAAAAGAUAUGCAUUAAUGGAUUUUGUACGGGACCGAAUUUCUGUAGCUGUUUGUUGGGAUACGAACAUUCAGAUGUAAAUAACGUUUGUAAACCAUUUUGUGAACCUUCUUGUUGGCCUCAUAGCAGUUGCACAGCACCAAACAACUGCACUUGUGACAGAGGAUACAAGUUAACGAAGAAAGAAGUUAAUAAAACUCACAUUCAAAGUUGUGAACCAAUUUGUAAAAAAGAAUGCAUUAACGGAUUUUGCAGCGCACCUGAUGAAUGUAGCUGUCAUAAAGGCUACGGAAAACUGAACAAAGCCUUACACAAUGUAUGCAAUCCAAUCUGCGAACCUUCUUGUUGGUCGCAUAGCAGCUGCACAGCGCCAAACGAAUGCACUUGCGACGAAGGUUAUAUUAUGGUUAAAAACGAAGACAAUUCAUUUCAGUGCAAACCGAAUUGCCAGCCUGCUUGUCCUCCAAAUAGCAUUUGCGAAAGCCCAGAACUUUGUCUCUGCGAAGAAGGUUAUCGGUCUAACGGCGGCAAUGAUUUUAUGAAUUGUGAACCGAUCUGCACAUUCGAUUGUCAAAAUGGUAAUUGUUCGUCGCCGGAUACCUGUAGCUGUGAUCCGGGUUACAUCAACAACGAAAACGGCUCAUGCGUUGCUUAUUGCACGGUCGACUGCGGUAAUGGAACUUGCUCAGAUCCGGAAGUUUGUACCUGCGACGAUGGUUACGUAUCGACGUACGAAAAUCAAACUUGCGAACCAUAUUGUAAAAAUGGUUGCAACAAUGGCGAGUGCGUAGCACCAGACGAUUGUCAAUGUAACGAAGGUUUUAUAAAGAACGGCAACGAUACCGAUUCGAUUUGCAUUAACGCUUGCAAGGAUGCUUGCAACGACAAAGGUGUUUGUCUCGAUGACCAAGGUAAUUGCGAUUGUUUUUUCGGAUGGGAAGGAAUCGCCUGCGAAAAGGCAACCUUUUGUGUCGUUGUCAUAUCAGAGGAAUUUCAAAUAUACGAAACAUUAUCAAUUAUUAAAGAAGAAAAUGAUUCAAUCGUAUUUGUGAAUAAAACUAAUCCAACGUGCCAGCAAUGUUUAAAUGAAGUAAAUAAUGAAACAAUUUGUUAUGAAUUUCCAUUCAAUUUCUACGAGGAACAAAAUUAUUCAACAAUAUGUCUCGUCAACGCAAGCUCAUUGUGUUACACAAGUUACAGUACCACGAAAGAUGUUACGAAAGUUUUCGCUACCAGCGGAGGAAUAAUUGUUUUAAUUAUAAUAAUCAUUGUGAUCGCCAUUACUUGGUAUAAGUUUAAAAGGCAAAGUAAUAGUAUGAACAUUUCUUAUGAACAUUCUCAGGAAAUGUGAAAAAUAAUUUAUAAACAAUAAUUUGUACAAAGUACUUAAGUUAAAGAGAAUACUUAUUUGAAAUAAUUUUUUAUCACA